AUGGACAGCAGCUACCGCAGCCAGCCGGACCCUAACCAGGCACCGUGCCCGUCUUCCUAUGACCCACGCUCUCACUAUCCGUCAUCUUAUCAGCAAGACGCAAGCUUUCGCGAGCCCCAACGCCCUAGAUCUCCUGCAUCGUCCAAAGCUACAAACGACGGAUACCCUCAGCCUUCCCAGCAACCACUCCACAAUGCGCUCAAGAAUGCUUUCGACAAGUCCGACUCAGCGGGCAAAGUCGACCCUCAACUCAUUGCGCAGAUCACAGCUGAAGUAAAAAAGUCCGUGUUGGACGAGAUCAAGCUGGGAAUGGGUGUCACUGCGCAGCAGCCCGUUGCACCGCCGCAGUACCCCCCGCAAUCGCCCAUCUCUAUGACAUCGAUUCCUUCACGCAACGUGUACACUCCGCCAUCGCCAAAACAGGCAGACCUGUGCAGUCACGGAAGUGCUUCUCCAGACCCCCUAUCACACGACACUCUCUUCGACGGUGCUGGAGACACUCCAACGCCUAAGCACGAACGCAGUGCGCCUGUCGACAUUCUACGCGAAAGACCGAUCCCCCGACCCGCAGCACCUCCGAGAAUGCCCACGGAAAGUGACUUGACACCUAUUGAGAGAAGAUGGCAGCGGUUAUUCGACCCGCAAGGUCAGCCCACUCCCCGCUUAGGCGAGUUCCUGCGAGGUCUUGCUAUCCAUCUAAUUGACGACUAUGAGCCAAAGAAGAGCCUAGUCAUUACACCUUCCAAGAUGCUGCGGUUCUACAAUGACGUCAAACUCACUGAAGAGAUCUACCCCUGGGACACAAUAUUCGGAAAGCUGCCUUACUCUACGCUGUGUAAGAUCUACCGGGACAUGCGCUGCGAACACCAUCUUAUUCAGGAGCAUACCGCAGCUCAGCCUGAUAUUCCUGCUCUCACUCCUCAGGGCUUUCAGGAAUGGAUGACAGCUAUGAUACAAUCCUACCCUGAUGCGGAGUACGAACGACUCUCGAGAGCGGUGCUUGAUAUGCCGAUUAGCAACGCCGACGAUUGCAAGGAGCGCUUCCCGAAAGAACUUCCUCGCCGCCUGUUUCCCCACAUUGAGAACCUGCAAGCUCAGCAGCGUUGCGCUGCUGCUCUUUCCCCCGAGGGUGUCGGCCCUCUUCGUCGGGCUCCCACAUUCCCGCCACCGCCACCAAUGAGCCAGAGCGCAAGCGUACCGCCGAGCCUUGAACGAGAGCGUAGCCCAUACACAAGUCGGCCGGAUCCGAGAGCUGUUGUAUCCGAAGACGAAGAUAAUGUCCCCAUCUCAUUGCCUUUGGAACGAGAGAGGAAACCAUAUGCUGCCGCGCCUGGUGGAGGCAAGGUGUACGAAGACGACACAAGUCGAAGCGCACCUUCAGAAGUACCCUUGCACGAACAACGGCGGCGGACCCAGUCAACAGCUAGCCAACAUCCCUACGUACCACCCGACCCAUCUCAGUAUCCUCGAUCUGCUACGCAAACCAACGGCCGACGACCUAGGAGCCCCAGCUUCUCCAACUACGGCAAGAGCUCUGAUCCCAACGUAUCCGGCGGAUACUAUACCUCUCACAUGUACGACGAGAAUGAGGAAAAACGGAGAUUUGGUAAAGACGCCGAGACAAGGAGGGAAUGGGCGGUGCGUCAAGCGGACCACAACGCGGGUCACCAGCGCCGCAGCACCGCCGGCACGGACGGCUCCUACGACUCACAGCCUCGGUCAGUUUACGACGAUGAUUACUAUCGAGGCAGAGGCGGCACCAACGGGUACGACAGCCGCAGCGGAUACGAUUCGUGGCGGUAUUAA